UGAUAGCUAGGCCUUAAAUAACUCAUUAUGCAGAGGCAAGUUUCAAGAAGCCAGCUAGAGGAAGCAAACACCAACCGCGCGUGCACGGUAACAGACAGCAGCUUGCCACCGACGGCCAUGGUUGGUGGUCUAGAAGAAGGCGUGUCUAGCUCCGGCCACGUCGGCCCCAUGCCGUUCAAGGACUUGGCCGGCGUCCAGGAGCAGGACGACGAGCAGGACAUGUCCACCCCACGUGAAGACGAUGAGUACGCCGGAAUCAUCUCCGCACUGCCGAGCGCCACCAACCGAUUCAGGGGGCUGUGUCAGUACCAGGGCGCGUGGAUGCUCCACCGGACCGUUGCCGGCGUGAUCUCCGUUCAGCGGCGCUUCGUCCCGCGCCCCGGCGGAGGCGACGUGCUCCUGGCCAGCCCGCCCAAGUGCGGCACCACCUGGGUGAAGGCGCUGUCCUUCGCCACCAUGGCACGCGCCGCGUACCCGCCCUCCGCCGGCGACCACCCGCUCCUGCGCCUCAAUCCGCACGACUGCGUCCCAUCGAUGGAGGACCUCUUCGGCGCCGGCCGAGAGGCACAGAUGGAGGUCCUGCCGUCCCCGAGGCUCAUGCACACGCACAUGCACCACCCCCUCCUGCCGCCCUCCCUCGCCCACAACCCCGACUGCAAAAUUGUAUACGUGUGCAGGGAGCCCAAGGAUAUGAUGGUUUCCCUGUGGCAUUUCACCAAGGCCAUAGUGACCUCGGGAGGCCGUACGUACUCGUUCUCCGACGUCUUGGAGUGGACAUGCGAGGGCAAGAGCCCCUACGGCCCCUUCUGGGACCACCUCCUCGGCUACUGGAGAGCCAGCAAAGCCACUCCUGAGAGGGUUCUCUUCUUGAAGUACGAGGAGAUGCUGGCCGAUCAAGUCGGCACAAUCCGGGAGCUCGCACGGUUCCUCGGGGUACCGUUCACCACAGCCGAGGAGGCCGCCGGCUUGCCGUUGGACAUCGCCAAGCUGUGCAGCAUCGAUACCAUGAGAGGCCUCGAUGCAAACAAGACGGGGAAGAGCUGGCAGUUCUUCAAGUUCCCCAAUGAAUCUUUCUUCAGGAAAGGGGUCGUGGGGGACUGGGUGAACCAUAUGACGCCGGAGAUGGCACGCAAAGUCGACGCCAUCGUCGAGGAAAAGCUCCGGGGGUCGGGACUCACCUUCACGUCCUGAUUCCAUCCCACUUGGCAAACUCAGGGUGGUUAUAUCCACUUUCUAUAUAUAUGUAUCGACUUUUCUUGGUUAUUUCGGUAAGCUUAUGGGUGACAUCAGCCUUCUC